CAUCAACCAUAAUUGGUCCAAUAUUAAUACGACAACAUUUAAUACAACAAAUUUUACAAUAUCAAAAUCAACCGAUUCGAUUACGAAUAUUUUUAUUGUUAACAUCCAUAAAUCCAUUACGUGUUUAUCAAUAUCGAUCGGGAUUGAUAUUGCCAUAUCGCCAGUAUCAUUCACCAGAUAACAACAAUGAUAUUCCAUUGGAUAGUAUGGAAAAUUUUUGGCAAUAUUUUCUACAUAAAUAUGGUUCGAAAGAAUUGGAAAAAGCUAAACAAAGUAUUAAUCAAUCAAUAUUAUAUACAUUAUUAUUAUUAGAAGUAAAUGAUCAUUUAUUACAUUUACAACAACAAAUAAAUUCUGAUACAAGCGGUGCCAUCUAUCCGCCAUCAAUAUCAUCGUCAUCAUCAAUGAAAAUAAAAUCAUUUCAAUGGUUAGCAUUUGAUAUUGUUUUACGUAAUUCUGAUCAAUAUCAAUCAUUUAUUGUUGAUAUUUUAUCAAUCGAUCAACUUCGAAAUCAAGAACAACAAGAUGAUAAAUUAACAAAAACAUUAACGAAUCAAUUACAAAUCGAUACAUAUCGUUUAUUAUCUGAAUCAUCAAGAAUUUCUUCAAAUGAUAAAAGUAAAUUUGAUAAAUUUAUUGAAAAAAUUUACAAACUUAUCGAUGAUGAAAAUAAUGAUGCAGAUGAUGAUGAUAAUCAUCUAGGUAUUGUUGGCCUAAAUUGUCAUAUAUCAAAAAAUAUUUGUUUAAAUCAAAAAGAUUUCGAUUAUUUAAUCGAUACUUGGAAACAAAUGAAUCAUUUGAUAUCGACAAAUUUUCAACCAGUUUAUCCGCCAUCAAUACAUCAACCAUCAGCAACAAUGACAAUGAAAAACGAAUUAUCGAAUAUAAGGAACUUGUUUGAACAAAUUUUACUUGAAUUGGAUGAUAAUCAACAACAACAACAAAGUCAAACUGAUAAUGAUAAUAAACAAAAACAUUUUGUUUAUCAAACAGAACGUUUGCAUCCAAUAUUUGAAGCAUUAUUAUCACCAGAAUUUGAUGAUAAUCAAUCUUCAAUGCCAUCGUUGCCUUUAGAUGAUCAACAACAUUAUUUUGAUCCGAAUCAUGAUUUAACCAAUUUAAAUUGGACAACAAUCAAUGAUAAUCGUCAAAAUCAAGAUCGAAAUUCAAUCGAAUGUACAAAAAAUCCAUAUAAUCUAUCCAAAUUAAAAUAUUUAAACAUUAUUCAUCCACCUGGUUUAGAAAUUCAACCAAAAUUUCAAUCAUUACAUAGAAAUUAUCGUUUAAAUCAAAAAUUAUUAUAUAAAAAUUUAUUUAUAGAAUUAGAAACUAAAGUUGAACAUUGUGAUACAUGGAUCAAAUUAGAUGAUAAUAAUAAUCAUCAUCAUUUGAAUGAUCAAAUACAAUCAGGACGUUUAAAUUUUUCAAUUGGCAUAGGAUUGAAUUCAAUAAAAUUAAUAUUGAUUAAUCGGAAAUUAUCCGAUAUGGAUAUGGUUAUUGCUAUUUAUACAAUUAUUAUUGAAAGACAAUCAAUUUUUGAACAACAACAACAACAACCUGAACAACAACAACAACAACUUGAUAACAACAACAACAACAAAAAUCAAUCAUUAAUCAAUUAUCAAAUAUGUUCGCUGAAACAGGAUUGUGAUUUACAAAUUUAUCCCGAUGAAUCAUGUGGUUGGCAAUCAAUCGAUGAACAACAACCAAAUUUUACCUGUUCAUCAAUCGAUGAUUGUUUUGAUCAUUUGAAGCAAGAAAUUCCAUGUAAAAAUGGUGCCGAAAAUGGACGAUGGUUAUUACCAUGCACGGAUUGUCAACGAUUAGACCGGUGUGUUUGGUCAAAAUUACAAUGGUUACCAUAUAGAUGUCAAUAUCCAAUACCAAUUGAAUCGGAAUAUUUACGUAAAUGUUUAUCAAAUAAAAAUAUUCUGCUGAUUGGUGAUUCAACAAAUCGUGGUAUAAUGCAUUAUAUAAUGGAACGUUUAAAUCGUACAUUAACCGAAGCAGAUAAAAUACAUGAUCAUAAAACAUAUUUACUAAUGGAAUUGAAUACAAUGAUAAAUUUUGUUUAUUAUCCAAAAUUUUGGCUAUCACAGGAUCAACGUCCAUCAUUUGUACAAGUUUUUCAUGAUUCAAUUAAAGAAACGUAA